AGAGGGAAAGGGUGCUUGUAGAGAGAGGCGGAGGGAGUGCUUUACCGCAGUAUCACUAGAUUUCUGCACCACUCAUCAAAACUCUGCGGCAUGCAGACAAGAGCUGGGGGGGAGGGCAGAUACUAGGUCUUUGCUGGAGUGUAGGACCGCUACCUCUUACUAUUACUAUCCGUCUCUCUGUUAUCAGAUUGACUCCAGUAGUGUUUCUACUUUCAUUACCAUUCAUUUGUCCGUCUGAGCGCUUAAGUAGACCUUUAGUUAUCUGUCUUCUUGCCAUACAGUAGCUCUCUUUCUGCUGUCUGGCUAAUUGUUUCAGCCCGGCGCUAAUUGCAUUAGUGCGCGUUUGUUAGAGCUUUGGGGUCCAAACUUUUAUGACAAAAUGGCAAAGGAUGGAGAAAAAAGCGGGUGGAAGGAAUAUAUAUGGAACCCGAGGACGAGGGAGUUCCUGGGCAGGACGGCGAGCAGCUGGGGUCUUAUUCUUCUCUUCUAUUUAGUUUUCUACAUCUUCCUGGCCGGCUUGUUUACACUCACCAUGUAUGUCAUGCUGCAGACCUUGGACGACCACAAACCAACCUGGCAAGACAGGCUCGCCACACCAGGCAUGGUGAUUAGACCCAAAACAGAUGAGACCUAUGAGAUUGUCUAUAACGUUGAAAAAACUGAGAGCUGGGACAUGUACACUCAAGCCCUGGACAAUUUACUGUCACCCUACAACAACUCCGUCCAGGCCGAGAAAAAUAACGAUUGCGUCCCAGACCAGUACUUCCUGCAGGAGGACAGCGGCGAUGUCAAGAACAACCCCAAGCGCUCCUGUCAGUUCAACCGUACCAUGCUGGAGCUAUGCUCUGGAAUCAGGGAUCAUUACUAUGGAUACCAGGAUGGCAAGCCAUGCAUCAUCAUCAAGCUGAAUCGGGUGAUUGGGAUGCUGCCAAGUAAGGAUGGACACGCUCCGUUUGUCACCUGUGGUGCAAAGAAAGAAGACUCUGACAAAAUUGGAGAGUUGCUGUACUUUCCUCCAAAUGGCACUUUCAACCUUAUGUACUACCCUUACUAUGGAAAGAAAGCUCAGGUGAACUACUCUCAGCCUUUGGUCGCCAUCAAGUUCCUUAAUAUUACUGCCAAUCAAGAUGUCAACAUCGAGUGCAGGAUCAAUGCCAACAACAUUCCCAUUGGAAGUGACAGAGACAAGUUUUCCGGAAGAGUGUCUUUCAAGCUGAGGAUCAACACUAUCGACUAGGUUGACCCUUUUCCUCUGCUGAAAACUACUUUCUUCAUUCUCUGCAUCAUUGCACAUACACAGAAACAAAUCUCAGUAUUCACACCCUUUGUAGGAUUUGUUUACAACCCCCAAAUUUUGGGGAAAAUUGUUUGUCCAGUCGUGUGAUGAUAUGGGGCAAGAAUAAAAGGGUGGUAAUCCUGUCAUUAUUUCUGUCUGUGAGCUUUGGGACAAAUUCUUUUCUGUAAAUUAGUUUGAGGUGACGUCUAUUUAUACUGCAUGACAAACUAGGGGAUGUAAAGAAUGUGAACAUGUGUUUUCAAAGUUUGCAAGGAUCAGCAACAUUAACACUUUAUUGCUGCUCCCCUCCUGCUGCCUACUUAUAGAGUAUCCCUCUAUAUAUGAAUAUACACAAAUUACAAUACAAAAUGUGUAUAUCUACAGUAUUUACACAGUAUCAUAACCUUAUAUCAGUACGUCUAUUUUGUUGCACUUAAAAGAAUAAUCCAACAGACUUGCUUAUAUCUUGAUGGAUGGAUGCAGAGAUGAAGCCAUUUUGCAUGUGUGUAUUGUCUUUAGUGUGCUAUGAGGGCAGGAGGCCCCUGUGUUCCACUCCACCUCUCUAAGUGUGAAAUAAGGUGAUGUUAAACCACUAACCACCAGGAGGGGCCACACUAUAAUCUACUUAACCUUACACACAGCAAGUGUGUGUUUCGAUAACAACAUACUGUAAGAUAGACAUCUCCAAAAAGUGUGUGUGUGUGCGUGCAUGCAUGCGUGUGUGUGUGUGUUCCAUUCACAGGUCCCAUUUCAUUCGGUAGGUCGGGAAGUUGCAUGCAAUGUGCAAUAUUCAUUAAGUGGCAUACAUUAUGAAUGCCUGAGUCCAUUCUUCGGAUGAGAAGACUUCUAUUAAAUGAUAUUAUUUUGGAUCAUUUUAUAUUCACACCGGUUGUUUGACCUGAGAGCAGCUUAUGAAACAGAUCUGCUUCAUAUUUAGACUGCAAAGAGUGUUCAUAUCAACAACACUUGUGUCAUACGAAUUACGAAAUGAGACAUCAGUCCUAUGCUUUAGAGGUCUUACAUUACAACAUCACCUUAGUUUGACAAAAACCAAAACUCCCAGCCAGCUAGUGGAUAAACAGAACUUUAGCUCCCAGGUUCCCAACCAACCAUCUGAAUUUCAAAUGAAAAACAGCAAAAAUGAUCCUCCUGCUGUACAAUGACAUUACACUCUCCUGUCACUGUGUUUAUUAUUUUUAAAGCUUAAACCAAGAGCCA